UGUAGAGCUGUAGAGGCGCGUUGCUGCUGCACGGUAGGUUAGUUGACCGCGGGGGCCGUGAGCGCGCGCCAGUAGGCCGGCAACGUCACUGCGGGCCGGUUGUGUGUGCAGUACCUGCACUACCUGCACUCCGUGCAUAUCGCCGUACGCGUGUGUGCGAGAUUCGCGGCCGCGCGCCCAAACUUCCAGCUGUCCCUGACUCUCGUCCUCGCGCUGCUCUGCUUCUCUCUCUCUCUCUCUCUCUCUCUCUCCCUCUCUCGCUCGCUAUUUCCAUCUCGCGGGCAGGGCUACCGUUUCAUCGACUCGUGUGCAUCGAGCCUGUCCCAAACAGCCGAUCGAGUCCGGAGAGCUUUGCACGCAGCUCGAUCCAACGACUCCUGCUCGUCUGUGCAACGACCAAUACCGCGUGCUCGUCUACUCGUGCCUGCCCGCAACUUUCGCGCAACUUUUUCCUCCUCUUCUUCUUCUAUUACCCUUGUUUAUGUAUAACCAGUGCAGAGUUCGCUCGUUGCAAAGCUCCUGAGCCGAGCACGGCCGACGAAUCUAUACGUCGAGUGCGCGCAUGUGGCAGUCGAGCAAGACGUCAUAAACAGCACAAGUGUCAGUGGUGAACGCGACAUCUCUUAAAGCGCGACGACUCUCUACAUCACAGUUACGCUCAUCUGUCGUCGUCGUCGUCGUCGUCGUCGUCUUUGUUGUUGUUGAUACUGUUAUUGUUGUUGUUGUUGUUGUUCUUGUUGUUGUUUAAUUCGUGUUUAACUCGAUUCUCAGUUACGCACGCAAAUUUAGUACAGACAAGCAAAGCAAAUUUUCGAUCGAUAAAUAUUAUAUGCAUAGAAACAACAAAUACGGCUGUGCGUGUGUGCAUGUGUGUGUAUGUGUGUGUGCGACGAAGCAAUAAAGAAAUAGUCGCGAGAACUUGGAGCAGCAUUACGAUUGAAUCACGAUCGUUCGACUGCAGCAAAAGCAGCGCAACUGAUAUCCUCUUGGCCACGACAACAUCCUCGAGCUCGCGCGUGUGUGUUAUUUUCAUUGAUUUACUUGAUGUGCAACUUCAACGAUAACGACCUCAACUACUACUACAACAACAGUAGCAGCAGCAGUGCCAACGGCAGCAACUUGGAAAACGACAACAACAAACGUCAACUAUUACAAAGUUUAAUUCAAUUUUCACGUGGCCAAUCCUUGCCCCAGUAGUGCGCUAUUACUUAUGUAGCAAGAUUCGAGGAUGAGAAGUUUGGACGGCAACGAAGAGAAACUUGGAGCUUUCCUUAGGCUUUUUCUCGUCGAGUGUAUGGUUUUAAGAAGAUUACAGCAGCAGCAGCAGCAGGGUUGCGGGCAGUACAGACAUGGGAAGUGAGCAUUACUGCCUGAGGUGGAACAAUCAUCAGAGCAACUUGCUGGGUGUGUUCAGUCAGCUGCUGGAGUCCGAGUCGCUGGUGGACGUGACGCUGGCGUGCACGGAGGGCCCGUCCAUACGCGCCCACAAGGUCGUCCUCUCGGCCUGCUCGAGCUACUUCCAGACGCUCUUCCUCGACCAUCCGAACCGCCAUCCGAUCGUCAUACUCAAGGACGUGCGCUUCGCCGAGCUGCGCACCCUCGUCGACUUCAUGUACAAGGGCGAGGUCAACGUUGAGUACUGCCAGCUCUCAGCUCUACUCAAGACGGCCGAGAGCCUCAAGGUCAAGGGCCUCGCCGACAUGACCAACAUCAACGCCGCCUCGAGCACCGGCAAUCCCAUCAAGCAGGAGUCCGUAACGGCGAGCCUCAAUCCAUCCAGCCGGCCGGCCGUCGACUCGCCUCCCCUCGCGGUGCUGAGGCCGCUGCCGACGUCCGCCUCGACGCCUGCCUCGACGCCCCCCGUUACGACCUCCAGCGCCAUCAACACCGCGUCCACGACCACCACCGCGAGCAGCUCCACGACCUCGACCAAGACCACCUCGGCCCAGAACAACGCCAACUCCUCGACGACGAGCAACUCUCAACAGCAGCAGCAGCAGCCACAACAGAUUCAGUCAGAGAACAUGGCCCAGAAUAACGACAGCACCAGUAGAGAGCACGAGCGACAGCGACGCUCCAGAAGCAGAGACCGGGAACGCGACCGAGAACGCGACCGAGAACGCGACCGAGAACGCGACCGAACGCGAGAUAGAGAGCCCAUAAGGGACGAGACGAGCCGCGAGCGAGACGCUCCGCUGGCGGCCCAUCAUCGGCACAAUUCUGGCCACACGACGACCUUGUCGCCCAGCAGGGACGAUUCCGAUAACCAAGACGCUCCCGGCUACUCACCGCCUAGGAGGACACGAAGUCAAAGUCCCUGCCCGGGGCCUUUGGCUCUCGAUCGGCCUCGUUCCAGACGCGACUCCGACUCGCCCGUCAGUCAAGGGGACACAAAGGGCUCCAUCAGUCCCAUAUCUUUGCACAGUGGGCCUAGUGACAUGAGUCUCAGUAACAAUACCAGCUCGGCUCAGGCGACCUUGCCGAGUGUCAUUGCCGCCGCCGCAGCGGCUGGCUUGUCAGCGCCACACAGUCGGCUUUCGUCCCCGCACAGUACCGAGCCUCUGGCGGGACCUUCAGGACUUCCACCUGUUCAGCAAGUGCCACUUUCUCUGAAAAAGGAAGUAGACUGGGAUCGAUCAGAGGAUCGAAGUGCAAGCAGUGAAAUGUCCAGUGACUAUCGGCUGCCCCCAGAUCCGGAGUUGAUGGGUAUGGAUGAGCGGGUGUUUGCGUGCAUGUACUGCGGUGCCUCGUUCCUGCACCAGUCCAAGCUGACGCGGCACAUCCUCUCGCACAGCCUCGAGUCGCUCAAGUACCGCGAGCAGGCGGCGCACCUGCAGCUUCAGGCCCAGCUCGGCCUGGAAGCGACGGGUCUGCACCUGCCGCCGGAGGCGCACUAUCCCCCCGUGGGGGUCGGCCCGAUCGAGCCGAUGGACCUCGAGCUCGCGUCGGCCGUGCACUCGGAUCCCUCCUCGGGCGUGGUGCUCUGCAAGUUUUGCGGCAAGUCCUUCCCCGACGUCGGCUCGCUCAUCAGCCACCUGCCCGCGCACACGGGCGACCGGCCCUUCAAGUGCGAGUUUUGCGGCAAAGCCUUCAAGCUGCGCCACCACAUGAAGGACCACUGCCGCGUGCACACGGGCGAGCGGCCGUUUCGCUGCUCGCUCUGCGGCAAGACCUUCUCGAGGUCGACCAUCCUCAAAGCCCACGAGAAAACCCACUACCCAAAGUACGUGCGCAAGUUCCUGUCGCCCAGCCCCGUGGAUCCGGUAGUAGCGGCGGUGGCCGCCGACGAGGAGGCCUCGGCGCCCAGCUCCCAGAGCAACCAGGCGCAGUCGAGCCACCCGCACCUCCAGCCUCACUGAGCUACGGCCAGACGCGCUGCUGCUGCCGCCGCCGCCGCCGCCGCCGACGCUCACGCCAACGCGUCCUCCUACUCUACUAGCAAUAACGAUAUCUUUCCGAGGGAGUUGCCGUUGACCGCCGAAGCAGCAGCAGCAGCAGCCGCCGCCUCCGUUGCUACCGGUCGAUCGCUGCUUCCCGACAUUGAGCACCAGCUGCGCCACGCGGCACCCCUAGCCUUGUAUCUCACGCUGCUGACGCGCUGCACUCGAUGACGAUAGACCUCUCGCCGCCGCCGCCAUCGUCGCCAUCAGCACCAACGCCAACCUGACUCCGCUCGACCGAUCGUUUCUCUUCGAGCUUUUCUCGGAA